AUGUCCGAGUUCACGGUCCCCACCCUCGCCAACGCUGCUACCUGGAAGGAUGUGCAGUGGCCCGAGAUGAAGAAUGACCUGGUCCUCCGCGCCGCUCGCGGUGAGGAGACUCCCCGCGCGCCUGUGUGGGUCAUGCGUCAGGCUGGAAGGUACCUCCCUGAGUUCCUCGCUGUCCGCAAGGACCACUCGUUCUUCGAGUGCUGCCAGACGCCCGAGCUUGCCGCCAAGCUCACCCUCCAGCCCAUUGACCGCUACCCGCUGCUCGACGCGUCGAUCAUCUUCUGCGACAUCCUCGUCGUGCCCCAGGCGCUCGGCAUGGAGGUGCUCAUGGAGCCCACCAAGGGCCCCGUGCUCCCCGAGCCCCUCCGCAAGCCCGAGGACCUCGCGCGCCUGCGUGAGGUCGUCGACGUGCAAAAGGAGCUCGGCUACGUCUUUGACGCCAUCUCGCUCACGCGCAAGGGCCUCGACGGCCGUGUCCCGCUCAUUGGCUUCUGCGGUGCCCCCUGGACCCUCAUGGCGUACAUGUGCGAAGGUGGCGGCAGCAAGACGUUUGAAAACUCCAAGGGAUGGCUGUACAAGUGGCCUGUCGAGUCCAAGAAGCUCAUCAUGAAGGUGGCGGAUGUCUGUGCCGACCUGCUUGUCGGCCAGGUCCUUGCCGGUGCUCAGAUGCUCCAGGUCUUUGACUCGUGGGCCGGCGAGCUCACCCCUCACCACUUUGCCGAGUUUGCCCUCCCUGCCUGUGUCUACAUCCAGAAGAAGGUGCGCCACUGCCUGCGCGAGCUGGGCCACGCCGACGUGCCCAUGACCCUGUUCGCCAAGGGCGUGCACUCGCCGGCGUCGCUCGCGCUCCUCAAGAAGGAGCUCACGGGCUACGACACCAUCGGCCUCGACUGCGGCCUCGACCCCGUCGAGGCGCGCCAGCUCCUCGGCUCGGGCCUCAACCUCCAGGGCAACUUUGACCCGGCCAUCCUGUACGGUGGCCGCGAGGGUAUCGAGCGCGAGGUCGCUCGCGUGUGCCCCCGCUUCCACGAGGCCGGCGAGGGCUGGAUCGCCAACCUCGGCCACGGCAUCACGCCCAAUGUCAAGCCCGAGGACAUGGGAUGGUUCCUCGAGUGCGUGCACAAGUACUCGAAGCGCGCGUAA